AUGGUGGACUACGAGCUAGCUCUCCGGAAUGCCUUAUCUGCCACCUUCCCUUCCGCACAAGUUGAUGGCUGCUACUUCCAUCUGUGUCAAGCGGUGAUGCGGGCUGUCCAGCGACUUGGCUACAAGGAGCAGUACGAGCGAGUUACGACGGACCCCACUACUGGUCAGAAAACCUACACUCCUACCCGGAUCUGGAUACGCAGACUGAUGAUCCUCGCCUACAUUCCUACAGCGGACGUCCCGGACGCCUUCUUCAGUAUCCUGGACCAGAUGCCACCGUCCUUGGAGAUAGACGACCUCCUCGCCUACUUCCAGACGACAUGGAUCCAGGGACUGACCACCUCCUCUGGUACUGGACGAGCUAAGUUUCCUCCACUCUCCUGGAACGCCUACGAUCGGACCCAUUUCCACAUGAACAGAACAAACAAUUUCGUGGAAUCCUGGAACAAGAAGUUUUCCACUAUCCUUGGACACUCUAACCCCACCAUCUACAACUUCAUAACAGCACUGCAGAUGGAGCAGAGUUCAACAGAUGGGAAGCACGCAGCCUACCUGGUCGGAGAGAACCCACCGAAGAGGAAGAAAGAUCACAGCGACAAGGACAGGAGGAUUCACCGCAUCGUGCAGACCUACCACGCUUACGAAGAUGAUGUCUUGAAUUAUCUGGAUCUGCUCAGAAGUGUUAUGUGA